AUGACAACAACCUACAAGGUGAUCAUUAAAAACGACACCGGUGAUGCCAAUACGUCCCGUGUGUACGUCGUCUACUCUGAAUUCCCAGGGGUAUCUGGAGGGGGCAUCGCCAGCGCCCUCCGCACCCAAUGGGCCAAGUCCAAGGGGCUGGUGAACCAGGGCCAGGAUGUGUUCCGGUACACGUCCGAAUCGUUCGGGUUUGCGGGUUACUGCAACGCAAGCACCAGCUCCAGCAUGACCUCCGGAACUGAGAUCACACUGGUUGCCUCCAACUCGGUGACGAUCGGCUCGUUCCGCAACGAUGGAAGUUCGCUGUACGUUAGCGAGAACAACGACGCCAUCGGCAUCAAGGACACGGGUUCUAGCACCUCAAAUAAUGGAACAUUCACCAUAUCCACUGAUGCAAAGAUCCCGAGUCCCAGCACGUACGUGGUAGGACUGGCCCGUAAGUCGGAGCGCGAUGGAAUUUCCCCUGUUGCGGUGGUCGAGUGCAAGCCUGGUGCGGAUUUUGUGUUCACCCCCAGUCCCGCCAUCUACAUUGCGCGGGGAAAUCAGGGAGAUGGUGUGAUCUUGAGCUCUAUUGGAACUUAUGGACGUGUCGAGUUCCGAGGCAAUUCUAAGGAGGCCAUUGUGUCGGAGACGGCAAAUGGCACCUUCUCCGUUGUGUAUAAGUGA